AUGUGCUUGCUCCCUUUCUUCUCCACAACCAACCUGUCACCCCAUCAGAACCUCUCCAGAACUCCGCUGAUCUCCGGCUCUACCAACACAAUGAGCGAGUCGAUUCUCUUUGAUUCCACAUUCCCUAUUACUGGGUUCGACCAGAAUAAAUACGACCGUGUCGCUCGCAUAUCUGGGGAGAGAGAGGAUCUAAAAUUCUCUCUUGAUAUCCACGUCGAGCUCUACCCGGUUGCCAUUGGCGAGACGGUUCAACUAUCCCUCGCAUCCACCUUAUCUCCCGAUGGCGCAAAAGAGGACCCAGCAGAGAGCAAAACCGGCUGGAAGGAGAACAAAGCAGCGGAGCCGAGCCUUGCUGACACCUAUGACUACGUUUGUCAUGGGAAGGUGUAUAGAUUCGAAGAGGGAAAUGGGGAGUUCAUCAAGGUAUACGCCUCCUUUGGGGGGUUGCUUCUUUUUCUUGAAGGCCCUCACAAGAAGCUGUCCUCAAUGAGACACGAGUAUGUCUACUUACUCAUGAAAAAGUAAACCAGACAUGUUUCUAAGCAAAAAAAGAAAAAAAGGAAGAAAAAAAACUGUAUACUAUCCAUCAUAGCACUCACUAGUCCACGGAGUCAUCGUGGCAAUCUCAAAUCACUACGGAGAAAAUACAGUCGUUUUUUCUCAGAAUA